AUGGCGGCUGCAGGCAGCGAGUCCCAGCAGGCGGCGCUCGUCCUCGACUUUGACUCGACACUGUCAACCCCGACAUGGCUGUCGCGCGCGCAGCAAUGGGCGGUGGCCGACAACUUGCCGCUCUUCGAGUCUAUGGACGAGGCCGAGAUUAUCGCCAACCUCGGUGGCGCGGCGCGGCUGGCGACGCUCCACACGCUGCUUGGCGCGCUGGAGGCGAGCGGUGUCGUGCUGCACAUUGUCUCGAUCGGCCGGAAAGCGGCCAUCGUCCCGCACCUUCGCGCGGCGCGGCUGCUGCCGUACUUUGGGGAGCGCGACUGCGAGGAGCUGCGCUCGCUCGGCUUCGUCAAGGGCCGGCUCAUCAAGCGGAUCAUGCACGCGCGCGGCUGGGCGCACGCCGAGGUCCUCUUCGUCGACGACUCGCAGGAGCACCUUGACGCGGCGGCAGAGGCACGCAAAUGCAGCGGCAGGCUUGCGUCCGCACGGCAAUCAGCGCAGCAUUGCGGCGAAGUAGGUGUGCCGCACGAUGAUGGUCACGAGUAA